AUGGAUAACGCGAGCUCGAGCCUGGGGAUGAACGACGAAAGACGCUGGCGCUGCUUACUCUCCUGGUUGAAGAACCAGCAUGGCAUGGAUGUUGUCGACGCUUUGCUCGUCGAAUGCAGAGACACUAAAGAUGCUGGGAAGGGUCUGUUUGCUACCAGAGCAUGCCCUCCCUCCACAGUGUUAUUCACAGUGCCUGCUAAGGCUAUGAUCAACAUCAAUACCCUCUCUGCGAUCUUUUCCCCUCGUGUCAGAGAAAUGACGGCUGUCCAGCAAAUCUCGCUCUAUCUGUUGUUGCAUCGACCGGCACAAGAUGAAGAUUCGUUGGAUCUCGUCUACGGCCCGUAUAUCUCGACUUUACCUCGAGACUUCUCUAGUCAUCCUGUAACGUGGUUCAUGAAAAGACAUACGUCCAACGAACAUGACACAGAAAGCCAGUUGCUCAAAAGUCUACCCCCAAGCGUCCUUGCUGCGUUGGAGAAUUUAUCUGCACGAUUCCUCAAGGAUUGGGAGGUCGUGAACAAAUGCAUGAACGAGGAGCCUGAUAUUAUGACAAUGUCAUCCCGAUCCGACUUCAACAAAUCGGGAUGCGCGGGGGAUUUCAAUUCUGUCGUGGACGAUUUUCUCUGGGCAUGGCUCAAUGUGAAUACACGGUGCAUAUACUAUCGUGUGACACCGUCUCAAUCAGAUCCAGAUAACCUGACGCUCUGUCCUAUUCUUGACUUUGCAAACCACAGCGAGACACCACACAUCGUUCCAGUGAAUGACUUAGACCUACCGGGUACGAAGGCGUCAAAUAAGCUCACCCGAAAUCUCACGUUCGUAUGCUCCUCCGACAUUGUCGAGGGACAACAACUUUUCUUGCGAUACGGGGGUCAUCCAAACCGCACACUUUUCGUGAAUUACGGUUUCCUGGACAAUUUCCCACCCAAUGCAGGUGCCAUUGGCGAAUUCUCCGCAGAUAUUGAUCUGCAAGACGUUAUGGAAAAGCUCUUCUCAGAAAGUCGAUUCCAAUCUUGGAUACGGCAGGAACUGGAAGAUGAAGGUUACUGGGGUGAUUGGAGCCUUCAUUCGUCGCCCCAGCCCGCGCAUCCCUCAUACCGCAUGAUCACAGCAUUGCGACUGUACCACGUCGUCGAGAGUCUGGGUCCACAAGUGCCGCCCGACUCGGCGUCGGACGUAAUCCUCAGGUCUUGGAAGGACACCAUCAACGGCCGUACUUCGUCAGUUUCAGAAGACAACGAGAGGCUCUGGAGAAAUACAUUACUCGAUAUCUGUGAACUUGUCGCCGCAAGAGCGCGAGACGGUAUGCGAAUCACGUUGAGCGGUUCCGGGACGAGUGGGUGGUAUUCUUGGAUGGAGGAGAAUGUCAGGUGCUUAUGGAGGGAAGAGUUGGAAGUGGCAACAGCUGUUGCGUGCAGCCUACGUGCAGGAGAAGAAUUCUGA